AUGUCGACAAAAUCAGGACUUCAACGAGAAGUACUGUCCCUGUACAGAAGGGCUCUUCGCAUGGUCCGCACCAAACCUCCUGCAACUCAACCCAAGUUUCGCCUCUUCGUGCAGCACAACUUUCGUAUCCUAGCAUCGUCCAUAUCUCCACGCGAUGUAGAAGCUAUAGAACAUUUGCUACGACGCGGUCGCCGGCAGAUCGAAAUGUAUGAAGACCACGCCGUGAAAGAUUGCUGGGUGUCCCAAGAAAUGCGAGACUGGGCGAAGGAACACUGGCCGAAACGUGAUACAUAG